GCAACCUGGCCAGGAUGGACAAUCACCUUCUGCCGGCCAACCCUCACCAGUGCAUGACUAUGAGAAGGUUCCCGGGAUGAGCUCUUGGAUCACAUUGAAGCCCACGAUUGGUCUAGCAAGGCUCACCUGACUGACCAGGAAGGGGACUCUGAUGGCGAGGUUUGGAUCAUCAUUGCCAGUGCUCGCAGCAACAUGUCUACUCACUGCUUCAGGCUCAACGAACAGCAACAGGUGUUUGAUUGUGGCCCCCCUGUCCACACACAGGGUGAUCACCUGUGAUGACACCGACAACGUCCAGCGCCUCAGCUGUGAGGAAGGACUGAUUGGUGUGGAGUCAGCUCUGUAUGGACGUUCAGACAGCGAGACCUGCGGUGAGGGCAAAAGUGUAAACGAGCUGUCCAAUACACAGUGCUCUCAGGAUGGCACUGUGGACGUCCUCAAGACAAGGUGUGAUGGCCAGAAAGUUUGCGAAUACAACAUGGCUGUCGUCCGUACCUCUGAUCCCUGCACUGGCACCUACAAAUACCUGGACACCACCUUCUCCUGCUUUCCAGUUGUCAACAUUGUUGCAUGUGAGAACUCUUUGGCCAUCCUGCAGUGUGAUCAAGGAAAGGUUAUUUUUGUGUACAACGCUAAUUUUGGACGCACGGACCAGACCACCUGCUCUUACCAACGUCCUGACAAUCAGGUCCAAAAUGUGAUGUGCUCCGGUCCCACUACCAAAGUGGCUGACAGCUGUAACGAGAAAAACAGCUGCUCUAUCAGAGCAAGCAACUCUGUGUUCAGAGACACCUGUUCUGGCACUUACAAGUACCUGGAGGUGAACUACAGAUGUCAAUAUCCUGCAAUAACCGCUCCCUAAAACCAAAAUGACAUCACAGUAUACAUGCUUGGAAUGAAGUAAACUGGUUCGCAGUACCUUUUGAUACAUUUUUUGUACUGCAGUUUCAUUUAUCUCUUUUUAUUUACUUCCAUUGAACUGUAAUUCUUUAUGUUUAAAAAUUACUGUUCGAAUAAACUUGUCUUGCAUUGACGACUUGUCUGGCCUAGUUUGGAUCAGACGGGGUCCAGCAUGUUUGGACCACCACAGUGACUGCACAGUGAAACAUGGAGGUGGGAGUGAGCUGAUAUGAAGCUGCAUGACUGGGGAGAAUGGUAGAAAGUCUCUUUACAGAUAUGUGUAAGACUGGUAUCAUCCAUGCCCAGGAGGAUCAAAUCCAUAAUCAGACAUGAAGGCAAAAAUACUAAAUAUUAGAAAAAUAAAAGAUUUGAAUCUCACUAAUGAAGGGUAGACCAACCUUUAUUGCAGUUGUUGUAUAUGAACCUUUCAUUGUUGCUUUUUAAUUUUUCCUCUCAGACCUUUCAGUGACCGGUUAUCUGUCUACACUGCUCCUUUCAGCCUAGUUUCAGAUUACAUCCCUGUUUAUCCAGUCAUAUAAAAUAUUAACCAUUUUUUUGGUCAUGAUUACUAUGUGAAGUCUUGAUUAAUGGGUAAAAAGUGUUUUCUGGGGUCACCUUGACCUUUGACCACCAAAAACUAAUCAGUUUAUCCUUCAGUCCUAGUAAAUGUUUGUGACAAAUUGUAAGUAGCUUUGAGUGAUUGAGUAGAAAAGCACUAUGUAGUCCAUCUACCAGAUCUGUACCUAAACACAAUCCUGUUUCUGAGCUCUGCAGGC